CCCCAACCACCAGCAUCAGCAUCUCCCAGUUCAGCUCUUCCUCUCAUCGGAUUGGCUUAUCUCUGACGAUCUCGGCUAGUUUUCGCACCCACUUAGGUCGGGAUUCUGCAGAAUCCCAAGAGACUAAAGCAUGCCACCGAGUCAGUGGGGAGGACGUGAUUGCCUGUGAUGCUUCACUUCCUUAUUGAUCGGCUUUACCAUCCAGCCAGCUGGGUAUGCCUGACCACAACCGGUGUGUGUAACCUCACGUCAAUUCUUGCUUCUGUCAGUGCUGGCAAUCGACGCCACCAAACCAAGGGAUGUCAUUCUCAAUCUCUGGCAAUGGUGGAAAACCGAAGAGUGGAGAUCGGAUCAGCUCCUCGGGUACCGGGACGGGACCAGACAAUCGAGUAAACAAAUCCAUUGAUCUUCGUGUUCUCCUGCCUCUCGACCAAAUCUCCUUUCUUGUUAGUCACUGACCUCAUUGGCUCUCCUAGAAGAACGAUGCCCUCAGACAUUACACCGCCAGCCCCUUUUCAAGUUUUAACUUUUAUCACUUUACGAGUGUCCCGCUGACAAUUGGUCCACCGUGAGUGGCAUUCCUGCCGUCGCGUCAAGCAAGGAAGCUAGCUCACUCUGUUCCCCACGAACCAUGAUCUGUGCGGCGAUCGGCUCCUCGUAUGGGACGCCUGGACCACUGAAAUUGCGACGGUGGAGCUUCCAAGGGAGCGGCCAGCCAACUAUCGGAGGGAUCUUCGGCGAGAUUCAGCUCAGAUGAGAUUUGCAGCCACACACUUUCGUGCAGGACCAUUCAUAAUGGCGACCGCCUGAAUGGAGGUCGCACGGGCGAGGAGACAGGCUGCAGGGGCACACGUUCGCAUUGAGG